GACAGCUUUGCCAGGAGAGGGAAAGUAAACAUACCAUUCCGCCAAGAUGGCUUCGCAAUCCAUGUUCCGAGUUGCACUUCUGGUAUCAUUUUCAGUUUUCCUGACCGUUGUGUUGGGUUUUGGACUUCCAGCUCUCCUGAACGCAGCCAUGAGACUGUUGGGAUUACCAGAGACGAGUGUGACCGAGUGCAUAGUUGUGCUCUAUGUAGUUUUCGUGCUGUACAUUGCGACGCCUCGCAUGCCUAGAGGAUCGGUGGAGGUGGAAGGGAAAGCUGUGUUCAUCACAGGCUGUGACACUGGAUUUGGUCACUCACUUGCUAAACAUCUGCACAAGCUAGGCUUCACAGUCUUUGCUGGAUGUUUUCUAAAGGACAAAGGUGGAGAGGGUGCAAAGGAGCUUGAGGAAUUUAAUUCAGAUCGUAUGAAGGUAGUGCAGCUGGACGUAUGCAGCGAUGAGCAGGUGAACCAGGCAGUGGAGUACAUCAAAGAUAACCUUAAAGACUCGCAAAGAGGUCUGUGGGCUGUGGUGAACAACGCUGGCGUGUCAACGUUUGGAGAGGUAGAAUUCACCUCCAUGGACACCUACAAACAGGUGUCAGAGGUCAACUUGUGGGGCACCAUCAGAGUCACAAAAGCUGUUCUGCCGUUAAUCCGCAGGGCGAAAGGCCGUGUUGUGAACCUGGCCAGUAUGUACGGGAGGAUGGGCAACCUACUGCGAUCUCCAUAUUGUGUAUCUAAAUACGGUGUGGAAGCUUUUUCUGACUGCCUGCGCUACGAGAUGAAGGCCUGGGGAGUGAAAGUGUCUGUAAUCGAACCGGGGAACUUCAUCGUGGCCACCGGCAUCCUGACCCAUGACAUUGUGGCCACUACAUCCAAUAAGCUGUGGAAUGAGGCACCCUCAGAGGUGAAGGAGGAUUAUGGAAAAGCCCAUUUUGAUCACUACAUGUCUCUGGUGCGCUCUUACUGCAACAGUGGCCAGAGGGACGCGGCCCCUGUUCUGGAUGACAUAACAGAUGCCAUCACAUCAAAGCGUCCUUACACACGGUACAACCCGAUGGAGCCACACUGGUGGAUCAGAGUUCAGUUGAUGACCCACCUGCCUGGUGCCAUAUCCGACUUGCUCUACUUCUAAAUCAGAAGGCAUCAGGGGCCGUAACACCGUUCCUGUAUUAUCUCCCUUUGAUUCACCUUCAGAUCAGUAGUAGCAUAUUCUGUGUAGCAUUAUGCAGAUCUGCAGACUUAAACCUAAAGUGAUCUUCACGUUUUCCUCAGCAUUCACUGAUCAAGCCUUAAAAUGUAAUCUUUUUUUUUUUAAUUGCAAAUGAAUGAUUGCACUUUGCUUUUUGUAUGUAUGUAUGUAUGUCAAGAACCAGAAUUUUAUCUAUACAGAUGUAUUCUCUGACAUACAGCAACUACUUUUUGUUUAGUAUGAGCAGAGCAAUGACGUGCUCCUAAAUACUGUAUGUGUCCCUUGCAGUGGACUUGAGGCCCACCCCUUUCUAUCUUUAAUUUUUCCUGAUACUUGUAAUGAGUUGUCCUAUGGGAAUCACCUGGGGCCCCACUGGCAUGACGACCAAAGCUGCAAGGCUCCCGCUGUUCUGUUGUGGCUAACGCCGGAACAAACGGAGGUCAGCUACUGUAAGGCCGCGGUGCAAUUUGGCCAGACUCUCCCUAAAGUUACAUAACAACAACACAAGCCCACUUUUGUCUUGCACGCUCCAUGAGAUCCAGCAUGCUAUGUCAACACUAAAGCCUUUUGAUGUGAUUAAUGGCCAUGAUUGGUUAUUUACCACCCCACCUUUACUGGAAAAGUAUUUUGUAAACAGAAUAAUGAAAUUGCAUAGAGCAUUUUAUUUUAAGAUAUUACAAUCAACUAGUGUACUCUUGAAAUAAAGUGACAAAAUUAUAAA